AUGUCACUACCGAGCUCUGUUUGCGGCAUCGCUCGGGUCUGUGCAGCAACUACCUUUCUCGCCAUGUUGUCUUCCCAUACUUCUAGAUUCGCCGUCCGAGCCUUUACCGUUAAGGCUUUUGCGGCACACAACUACAGACAACGAUAUCCUCUUCCCCAUUUGAAUGUUCAUAUGCACCGUGAAGCGGAUAUGGUGGAGCAAAUGAUUGGCGGAGAGCGGUACGAAGUGACUCAACUCCCCGAUUCCAUGGUGGAAACUACAUUGUUUGUGGGUAAUAUUGACGAAUUUGUGCACGACGAUGACUUGUCGGGUCUCUUUCAGUCUGUCAGCAAGUUGCAGUCCGUACCUGCCUGUGUAGUUCGCAAACCAGACAUGUCCUCACUACAGUACGGCUUUGUAUCUUUUCCAUCCGUGGAGGAAAAGGAGGCUGCGAUCAUUAGAUUCAAUGGCUACGAAUGGAAAGGGAAGAAGCUAAGAGUGCAGGAAAUUCGGGACCAUCCCGGUCGGGCUCGCGUAAGCGUACCGGAACGCAUGGUGGCCUAUGUAAGUGGAGCUGCCAAGAAAGUCCGCGGAGGGAAAACGAACCAACUCCGUCGGAUCUCGCGCGAUGAUGUAGAACGACUGAGUCGUGGUCAGCCUUCCAAGAAGAAAGGAUACGGUAGUCGAAACGUUCCGCAUAGGUUGAAUGACGAAGAACGAGCCGAGAUGGAUCGUGCCGCCAAGAAGGGUUUCGUUUCCUUUGCGGGCACUGGCAACCGACGGACUCGAAAGGGAUCACCGCUCGCCAAUAUUCACCGACAGUGGUGUGAUGCGCGGGACAAACCACAGAUUCUACACUUUAAGGCUAGCGGUGGUAGACAACCCUUGGACCAAGUGAUUGUUGAUUUGUCGCCAUUGAGAUUGAACGGCCUCUUUGAUGACCCGAGCCGGGUGGAUGAUUUUCUGGCUAAGUGGAAAGCAGACAUUGCUACCGCAGCGAGCAACUCAGGGAUGCAAAUUUAUACACGGACUAGUGAUGUUGAUGCAGAUGAAAAUGAUCUUGACGAAGAUAUUGCUACUGAUUAUUUGGUCACCCUUGACCAUCAUGCAGUAAUGGAGGCAUGGGCCACGAAACCGAUAUGGAAGUUGCCAGUGGUUAGCUUUGCAGUCUUUGAAGGAGAUAGACCACGCGCUAAGGCUAUGGCCAAAGAACUGGCAGCAUUGUGGGAAAUUCCAGAAGAGCAGCAAGAGACUGGAGGAGGUCCCAAGACUCGUCGAGACGCUGGUGCUCGGAAAGGCGGGAAAACCAACAUGAAGGGACUUAGCCAACAUCGUAAGCGGGGUGGGGGUCACCGCCAAUCUUUCUACUAG